GGGAGCUCCGCGGGGCGGCGGCGGCCGCCAUUUUGUAGGAAGAGCGGAGCGGAGCUGGGCGGUUCCUGGCCCCUCUCGGUCUCCGGUCCCCCUCGGUCCCCCUCGGUCCCCGCCGCCGUGUGCCUGGGACGAGCGGGCGUCGCCGCGGGAGGCCGCUGUCAGGGCAGCGGGGGGCGGCCCCGAGGGGGGAGCGGGGCCGGGCCGGGCGCCUCAGGGCCGCUGCGUUCGCUUCUCUUGCAGGGGGAGCCGGGCCGGGGGUCGGGGCAGCCGGGCGGCGGCGAUGGCCAAGGUGCUCUGUAACAGAGCAAGAUUGGUCACCUACCUACCAGGGUUUUAUUCCUUAGUCAAAAGAGUUGUAAAUCCCAAGGCUUUUUCUACAGCAGGUUCCUCUGGCUCAGAUGAGCCUCAUGUUGCUGCUACACCUCCUGAUUUAUGUCCAAGAACUGUAUGGCCAGAUGAAGUAAUGGGUCCAUUUGGUCCUCAAGACCAGAGAUUCCAGUUGCCUGGUAAUAUUGGGUUUGACUGUCACCUAAAUGGGACUGCUUCUCAGAAGAAAAGCCAAGUUUCAAAACCUCUGCCUGAUAUAUUAGCAGAGCCUUCACCAAGUGAAAGGCAUGAAUUUGUAAUGGCACAAUACAUAAAUGAAUUUCAGGGUGCUGAUGUUCCACAGAAACAGCAAAUAAAUAACGCUGAAACAUACUUUGAAAAUGCAAAGGUAGAAUGUGCAGUACAAGCUUGUCCUGAACUGUUACAAAAAGACUUCGAGUUAAUGUUUCCAGAAGUGAAUGCCAGCCGUUUAACGGUGUUAACAGUUACCCAGAAGACUAAAAAUGAUAUGACUGCAUGGAGUCAAGAAGUAGAAGAUGAGAGAGAAAUGCUCUUAGAAAACUUCAUUAAUGGUGCCAAGGAAAUUUGCUAUGCAAUCUGUUCUGAAGGCUAUUGGGCGGACUUCAUUGAUCCAUCCUCAGGACUGGCUUUUUUUGGACCUUACACAAACAACACACUGUUUGAAACAGAUGAACGCUACCGCCACUUUGGAUUCUCCGUUGAUGAUCUCGGCUGCUGCAAAGUUAUUCGUCAUAACAUCUGGGGUACUCACGUCGUCGUAGGAAGUAUCUUCACCAACGCUGAACCUGACAGCCCUAUCAUGAGAAAACUGAGUGGAAACUAGGAACUGUCAGGGUUUCACUCGUCUUCUGACUUGAUGAUUCUGUACAAGCAUUGUCAGGAAUACCACAAUCUGAAGUAUUCCUAGAUAAUAAAGUAUCUGUUAUUUAUUUUAGUCAUGAAUAUUUGCUCAUCACAUGUGACUUAGAAUAUUAUUUGACAACAUUUUAUCAGAUACCUAUAUGUGACACAUGAAUUUUAAGCUGUGAGUUUCCUUCAUCCUGAAUGAAUUUAAACUAACUUGAAUGCAUAUAUAGCUAUCCGCAUAGCCUCUCUUAGUAUUAUCAACUGUUCUGACUUUUGAUAUCUGACAAAUCUGUGUUCUUUGCAUUAAAAAACCCUGAUACCGCUCAAUUUCCUGGGAAUUUCACCACUUACUGCAAUAAGUGGCAAAAAUUGUACAAGUUAUACUUUAGGAGGGAAGUGUUGACAUGGUUGCUACAUCCUGAGACUGUAAAAAGUCAUAAGUUACUCUAGAAUCAGUCAUCUCUUAAAGUUUUUUGUCUUCAUGUUGCUUGGGAUUUUAUUUUAUCAGUGUUAUAUAUGUAAAUGUAAUUUAGAGUUACUUUUGUAACUUUUAUAGGUCAUUAAAUACAUAGAUAUGGAAAAAAGGUAAUAGGGCAAUGCUUGGAUAUCAUCAUUGUUUUUUCUUGGAUGCAAUUGAGAUUUGUCUCUGUGGAAUUUUGAAAUGCCUGAGUAAAGGGCAAUUAUGAUGAGUUACUUUAAUUUUCAUCAAUUGUAAAGAUAUUUCAAGGGGAAGAUUAAAAUAUCUUUAGGUGGCAUAGAAACAAUCAAGUCAAUUGAAGUUACACCAGAAAGAGUAGUGAGGAAAAUUAAGGGUAUCUAAAAUUCCAAAAAUUCAGCUGCUUCUCUACAGAGACUAGCUAACUAGAUUUUAAUGUCACUGCAGUCACUUCUUAGGGCCGUUUGGUAAUAUACCACAGCUGUAGCUGUGCCAGUUUAUGCAACAAUGGGAAUCCUUCAGUCUUGACUCAGACAAAACUUAAUGCAACUUUUGUCUGGAUAACGACUGCCAAGAAGCUGCUUUGAGAGGUUUAGCAUCCUUUCAAGUAGCUAGGGAUUUUCACUUCUUUUUCCAAUAUUAACAAUUACAGAUUUAAAAUUUGUUCUAGGUUUGUAUGCUAUUUCUAUUCCCUACUCAGCACCUAAGCCAGUUACCACCAAGGUUUUUUUUGUUGGCUCUAAUGGGUUUGGAACCAGACCCUUUUACAAGUGCCUGUAUAUUUCCUUGUUAAUGAUCGCCAGGUCACAGAGGUGCAGUUGAGGAAGACGCUGCUGGAGAAGUGAGUGCUGCCUUCUCUAAUUCACUAUAGCUAGGCUAGCCGUUCAGGGCUUGUCUUGCCAUCUUGUCAUCACUUUUGGCUCUGGCCUGCACACAUUCCAAGUGUAUGGUUGUUGAGGCAAGAUUGUUUAUUGCUUUUUGUGGCAUCUGCCGCAUUUCCAGAGCACAAGUUUCUUUGUUCUUUGAUCUCAUUCUUGUCAAAAGGACGAAAAAAUACUCAAGAAGCUACAGAGUGUCUUCUGCGUACAAAACCAAUUGGAACACAAUUGUUUUGCAGAAUGCCAAUUACCUCAUUUGAUAAAAAGAGGGUUAGUGUCUAGGUGUACACAACUGUAGAGAAAUAAAUAUUAGAAAAAUAAAUUCUGUGAACUGGUUUACAUAUAUUUUAGCUAUCUCAAAGGCUUUCGAUACUGUCUCUUUUUUUUUCCUAAAGCAGCUUUGCUGUACUUGCCUUUCCUAUGUUUUAUAAAGCGGGGUGGACUUUCAGGCAGCUAUCCAAAUUAAACUUGGGACAGUAGUUUUCCAGCAUGAUACUUCACGGGGUAUGAACUAAAAAAAAAAAAUAAUUUUUUAACAGUGUCUUUUCAAAUUGUUCUAACCCAAGGCAAAAAUCUCGCUGAAGACAUUGGGAGUUUUUGCCUUGACAUCGCUGUUACUAGUGCUUCAUGCCAGAAUUCGAGGGGAAGUAGCAUCUUGGGGUAUUUUUCUAAGAAGCAUUUUGGGGUAUUUUUCUAAAUAACAUUUUCUUGUACUUACAAGUUUGUUGAAACUCUCAAAAGAGGCUAGAACUGUUCCCGUUCUACUUCCUUCACAGCAGAAGAGCUAUAAUGUAUAUUAACUUGCUGUUAUGAAAUAAAAGUUCUUGAAUGCAGUGUGAUUAAA